UGAGGUCACCCCAUUCCACUCCACAGAGACACUCUGGCAGCAGCCGCUGGCUCUUGUUCAUCCCCGGGGAAGUGUCUGAGAGCUGAGGACGCCAAAGCUGUGGUCACAACAGAGCUCCUGAAAGGGACACGGAGUGCUGGGAACUGAGGUAGCACUGUCCACCCUAGCUGUACCACUGUCCACCCCAGGAGCUGACUCUGGGAGAGCUGAGGACCGGGGACAAAAGUCUCGACAGUGCAAAGCGCAUCAUUCGGCAGUCCGGGGAGGCCCAGGAAGCCCACGGCCUGGCUGGGGCAUCAUCACCGCCGCCAGGCCACCAUGGUCCUCGGCUGGCUGCUGCUUCUGGUGAUGGCUGUGCCCUGGGGUGCCACAGGAGCCAAGGACUGCCUCUUCUGUGAGUUGACUGACUCCAUGAACUGCCCUGGCGUCCGCAUGCGCUGCGGCGAUGAUGAGGAGUGCUUCAUCGGCCACGGGGUGGCCCCGGGCGCCGGGACCGUCACCAGCAAGGGCUGUGUGCAGUCCACCAAGUGUGGCCGCGAGGAGCCCGUCCACUACAUGGGCGUCACCUACAGCCUCACCAGCACCUGCUGUUACACCCACAUGUGUAAUGGGGCCGCCAGCCCCACGGGCAGCGGGAGAGCGUGGGGCCACGCCAUCCUGGUGCUGGAUGCGCUGCUGCUCCGGUAUUUGCUGUGACCCACUCAGAGUGCAGGGCCCGGGAUCGGGCUCCGCGGCUCCCUUGCGUGCCCCCCGCCUCCACCCCUCCCUCCCUAUUAAAUGGCCAGAGGCCCCAGACAACCUCUUGUGGCCCUGAUGUCAUCCAUUCUGGGGCUGUCUACCAGAAGCCCGCCCCAGGGCUCGGCCACACUUGCCCAGGCCCAGGGGUGCCACGGCCGGUGGAUGCGACGGCCCUACUCUGUUUCAUUAGUUCUAAGACGCAACACUUUCUCACUUUGAUCAGGACGCUUCUUGUCAUCUGUGGCACCUUAGGGUCCAUGAAAUAUGAUUUAAAAAAAAUUACUAAUAAACGAGAACUGAUG